AUGGUGGGUCGGAGAUUGGUGAGAAGGAGGAGGAGGAACAUGGUUGAAUUCGUUGGUUUCGGAGUUGGAGAGGUGGUGGAUGAGGCGGUGGAGGUAAGGGCUGUUGAGCAGAAAGUUGUCGUCGGAAGCGGUUGCCGAGGAGAAAGUGAAGGCCGCGGUGGUGGGGGACAGUUCUUGAUGAGGAAAGAGAAUGGGGUUCAGGAAAGAUGGAGACGAAGGAUUAGGAUUAGGAUUAGGGUUGGGGUCCAUUUCUUCGAGAAAGUCGCUGUGGCAGUGAGGACAGAUGAAAGUGGCGGUCGUGGAGGAGAGGAGAGAGACGCUCAUGUCACAGUCGUGACACCAGUAUGUCUGACGCUCCACGACGGCGGCGGCGGCGGCGGUGGCGGUGGCGGAAGCGGAGGACAUGGUGCCAGAUAUUUUUAUUUUUUCUUGUUAUUGUGA